UUUUUAACAAAAUCUCAACCUUUACACGGAGACAAGCUUUCUCUGGUUCUCUUUUUGCAUUUAUGUGAUCAAAAUUUGGGUGUGCACAAGCUGGCCCCUGUUGAUUCCAUUCCACUUUACGGCUAAGCUUCCAAAGGCCAAAGCCAUUGUUGAUGAUGCAUUGAACUUUACUCAAAAAAGGAAAAAAAAAUCCCAUUGCUUCUGAUUCUUCUGGGUGGGCAUAGAAAGAAAUCACCAAUCACCUCAUUCUAUUCAACCUGAUACAAAAAAAAAAGAAAAAAAAAGUGUGAUUUUUUAGAACAAUGAAGAGGGUAAAGAAGCUAUACCCAUUGUUGUCGCUCCUACCCAACAGGCCUAAACCUCUUCAAAUUUUCAUGGCUGUGAUGUUCCUCUACUUGCUCUUCACCACCUUCGAAAUCGAAACUUUUCUUGGUUUCAGAACUAGGUUUGUGUCAGUGACUUCAUUGCUGGGGAAUGAAGACCAACAGCAACAGCAACAUACCCAUUUCAGCAAAGCCUCAAACUUUCCCUCACAAGGAGUGUUCCAAGGUUCGGUUCAUCGAAAAGCCUUGCAGGGGUUGCAGAAAGUUUCCACCUUGAGUUUCAUGGAGGCUUUGAACGACACCACUGUGGAAGAAAAUAUGGUUUCUGAACUCCACAAUGCUGCUAGGCAUGCUUGGCUUGAAGGGAAGAGGCUCUGGGAACAAGUUGAGAGUGUGAAAGAAACCAUGGAUGAUGUGGCAAGGUUCAAGGCUGAGAACCUUUCUGAUUCGUGCAAGAAUUCGAUUUCAUUAUCUGGGUCUGAAUUGAAGGAGAAGAAAGGGGUAAUGGUGAUGGUGCUUCCUUGUGGUUUGACAUUGGGGUCUCAUGUGACUGUUGUGGGGACCCCACGUUGGGCUCACUGGGAGGAUGAUCCUAAGAUAGCUGUGGUGAAGGAAGAGGAGGGGAAGGUGAUGGUGUCACAGUUCAUGAUGGAGCUUCAGGGUUUGAAGAGUGUGGACAAGGAAGAGCCUCCUAGGAUACUGCAUUUCAAUCCCAGGUUGAAGGGGGACUAUAGUGGGAGGCCUGUGAUUGAGCAGAACACUUGUUACAGGAUGCAGUGGGGGUCUGCUCUAAGGUGUGAGGGAUGGAAGUCCCGGGCCGACGAGGAUACCGUUGAUGGACAGGUGAAAUGUGAAAAGUGGAUUCGUGAUGACGAUAGCCACACAGAAGAGGCAAAGGCAACAUGGUGGUUAAGUAGACUGAUAGGGCGAACUAAGAAGGUGACUAUAGAUUGGCCAUACCCUUUUGUAGAGGGGAGAUUAUUUGUUCUCACCGUGAGUGCUGGCAUGGAAGGUUACCAUGUUAGUGUGGAUGGAAGGCAUGUGACGUCUUUUCCCUAUCGCACGGGCUUUUCUCUUGAGGAUGCGACUGGUCUAUCCAUAAAAGGAGAUGUUUAUGUGCACUCUAUAUUUGCAGCUUCCUUACCCUCAUCACAUCCAAGUUUUGCUCCACAGAUGCAUCUUGAAUUACUUCCUCAAUGGAAAGUUCCACCUCUUCUCCAUGUGAAUGUGGAGCUUUUCAUUGGAAUACUUUCUGCUGGCAACCAUUUUGCUGAACGGAUGGCAGUAAGGAAAUCAUGGAUGCAACAUAAACUAAUUAAAUCUUCAAAUGUCGUGGCUCGAUUCUUUGUUGCCUUGCAUGGAAGGAAAGAUUUAAAUGUGGAGAUAAAGAAAGAAACAGAUUAUUUUGGCGAUAUUAUUAUAGUCCCCUACAUGGAUCAUUAUGACCUUGUUGUGUUGAAGACGAUAGCUAUCACUGAAUAUGGGAUUCGCUCAGUGGCUGCCAAGUAUAUCAUGAAGUGCGAUGAUGACACAUUUGUCAGAAUAGAUUCUAUCAUCAGUGAAGCAAGAAAAAUAGGAAGUGGUAGAAGUCUCUAUAUUGGCAAUAUGAAUUACCACCAUAGGCCACUACGUUCUGGCAAAUGGGCAGUAACAUAUGAGGAAUGGUCAGAGGAAGAGUAUCCUACCUAUGCUAAUGGUCCAGGCUAUAUAAUCUCUGCAGACAUUGCCCGGUUCAUUGUAUCCAACUUCGAGAAGCACAGAUUAAAAUUAUUUAAAAUGGAGGAUGUGAGCAUGGGAAUGUGGGUAGAGCAAUUCAACAGUUCAAGGCCAGUUGAGUAUGUGCACAGCUUCAAGUUCUGCCAAUUUGGGUGCAUUGAAGAUUACUUCACUGCACAUUACCAAUCUCCAAGACAAAUGACCUGUAUGUGGGAUAAGUUGCAACAAAAGGGACAACCCCUAUGUUGCAACAUGAGAUAAUAACAUAGUCUAUGAUCAUAAUAUUCGUAUUAUAUUUAUGUACAUAGGCACUGAGGACCUUUAUGAUGUCCGCAUAUUCAUUUAUUGUUUAACCUCUUUUUUUUUUUUUUCUUUUCGAUUCUCCCAAAAAUAUAAGGCCUAGGUGUAUCAUAUAAAGUUGGAUACUGCAGCUAUUGCUGAAGGAGCAAACCAAUGGUUUGUAAAUUUGUAAUGUAGAGAAUGUAACAGAAGCCGAAUGAAAUGAUUUUUUCUGCAUUGACUUCA